AAGUGCGCUCGUGAAUGUGCUGCGCGUCGGACGCACGUCCCAGUUUUGGCACUGAGGCUUGUGUGUAGGAACCCAGCGCGUCCUCCUCUCUCUCCUCUAACCUCCUCUCAGCGAGACGCACGAUUCCACAGGAUGCCUCACCAUAUGCUUCUCUUAACCACUGAGUUUGGGGUUUGGAUGUAGGCGAUCCAUCGGGCGCAGAGUGAGUUCUGGAUUUGGAUGCUUCGCUGGCACGGCUUUGCGGGUGAUGGUGAAGCGCGUCUUGCGCGCUACCGCGCGUUUCCUCGGUCAUUCCUCGGGACGUUUGGCGACGGGAAAUGUGAAGAAGGCUUAAAGAAUGGCAUGUAAACAUGGUUUCUGCCAAGAAGGAGAUGGUGACUGCGAUGUACCCCACUUCUAUUUCCACUCUCCUCUACUUUCUCUGUGUGGCGGCUUGCAUAAAGAGAAUAUCUGGACAGAUCAGAAAGGAUGAGAAAUUAUACCCGGAAAAUUUCACACGCAUUCUGGACCGACUCCUGGAUGGAUACGACAACAGACUCCGACCUGGAUUUGGGGGUCCAGUGACGGAAGUGAAGACGGAUAUUUACGUCACGAGUUUUGGCCCAGUUUCUGACGUGGAGAUGGAGUACACCAUGGACGUGUUCUUCCGCCAGACAUGGGUGGAUCGGCGACUGCGGUAUGAAGGCCCCGUGGAGAUCCUCCGGCUGAAUAACCUGAUGGUGACCAAAGUCUGGACUCCCGACACUUUCUUCAGAAACGGCAAGAGAUCCGUGGCUCACAACAUGACGGCGCCCAACAGACUCUUCCGAAUCAUGAAGAACGGCACCAUCCUGUACACUAUGAGGUUGACAAUAAGUGCCGAAUGCCCGAUGCGACUGGUGAAUUUCCCGAUGGACGGCCACUCCUGUCCGCUGAAGUUCGGCAGCUAUGCCUACCCAAAGACUGAGAUGAUCUACACGUGGACUAAAGGCCCGCAGCACUCGGUGGAGGUACCUCCUGAAUCCUCCAGUCUGGUCCAGUAUGAUCUGAUUGGACAGACUGUGUCCAGCGAAACUGUCAAAUCCAUCACAGGUGAAUAUGUGGUAAUGACGGUCUACUUCCACUUGAAAAGGAAAAUGGGCUACUUCAUGAUUCAGACGUACAUCCCCUGCAUCAUGACUGUAAUCCUUUCGCAAGUGUCGUUCUGGAUAAAUAAGGAAUCCGUGCCCGCCAGAACUGUCUUUGGAAUCACCACCGUCCUCACGAUGACCACCCUCAGCAUCAGCGCUCGCCAUUCUCUGCCCAAGGUCUCCUAUGCCACCGCCAUGGACUGGUUUAUAGCCGUGUGUUUCGCGUUUGUCUUCUCCGCGCUCAUUGAGUUUGCGGCGGUCAACUACUUCACCAACGCCCAAGCAGAGAGAGCCAAGAGAAAACAGGCCAAAGCUGCGGCCGCCGCAUCCGUCAAGAGCUCCACGGGCAAAAAUAAAGACACAGAGGAGGUCCUGCAGCAAAACUCGGACACCAACGGCAACCUGCGGAAACGUGUCAACUCCAACAUUCAGCCUCAAGCAGAGUCCAAGAAAACCCAAAGAACCGAAGCCUCAAGCAAAAGCGGCGCAUCCUCGUCCAAACCAACUCUGACCAGCCAAUCAUCUUCCACCUCAGAAGGUACCAGCAGUUUCUCCAGCCAAUCGCGUCUUAGCCCCAGUUCCGCCAGCCAAUCGAAUGCAGCCGCUUCCUCCUCCUCUGCCUCAAAGACCACGCCUCCGGCUCCACCCUCUACACCCACAGUUCCUGACAAACCAUCGCCCGGGACGACCCCCGCAGGCUCCGCCCCUCUUCACCACCUCCUCGGGCCUAAAUUAGAGAAUAUCAAAAAGAAAGAAGCAAAGGCUCAACCUCAGCCUGCCGCCCCUGCCACUGGAGGAGCCAGCAAGAUCGACGAAUAUGCACGCAUUUUAUUCCCAGUGUCCUUCGGGGCGUUUAACAUGGUGUACUGGGUGGUUUACUUAUCCAAAGACACCAUGGAGGCCAAGGGAGCCUAACAAGCUUGGAUGUUUGUACCCUUUUUUUUUUUCUACAACAAUGAUAUCUUAAGGAUUACGUCAACUGUUGUUCCAAGCAAUUCCAAUUAUAUCAUGGCAGACGAAACUGGAUAUUGGAAAUGUACUUUUUUUUGGAUUAUCAAAAGGGCCGUACACAAGAUUAAGCAUGUGGAUAUAUUAUACUAAGUAAAAAUCGUUUAAUUAAUACAAACAGAAAUACUAUCCAAGCAAUCUCUCACUGGAAUGAAUCUUAGACUUCUUUGUUGUCUGUUCGAAGAGCCAUAUUUCCAGUCUGUCCUGUUUAUCUCUGGACACACUGAAGAAGAAACAAUACAACUGAAUGGAAAAACCAAUACCAGGGGUCUGUUCAGUCUAUUUUUAUAUUGAGACCCUUCCAGAGGAAUCCUUCAUCGGGAAACCCAACGGAUUUGAACUGAUCUGCCAAGAAGACGUAUUUCUGACGUAAUACGCAGCAUAUUUCUUUCGUAAUUUCAAACCGCGUCACGAUGUAUGUAAUCUAUCAGGCAUGAAUGGCAUAUCUAUGCUGCGAUCUCUCCCUGAGAGCAAAUGUUGGAACGGAGCAAGUCCUGAUUGCUGAAUAACAUAUGCAUGUCUUUUAUUUUUUAAAGAGACUUAAAAACGAAAAAAAAAAAAA